UCUCGACAGAAAACUUUGCUUCGGGUGAGGUAUUUUACACUUCAGAGUCUUUAAUCCCAGUUUACAAAUGUGUUUUCGAGUGUUCGGACUUACAUUGACACAGGGAUACUACAAGUCACCGGACACGCAAUCAAAUAUAUAUAUCGCACUACCAAAAUUAUAUCAAACAAAAUGAAGCCUGACAAAACAACAAUGCCGGAAGAGUUGUUCAAAACCGAGGUUAGAGAGAAAACAUUGAGAAGGAAGACAGUAUACAUGGUGCUUGCUGUUGUUGCGUUCGUCCUCUUGGUCAGCGCAGUACUUCUUUCGGUUUAUUUUGGAAUGAAGAUGACCAAAGACAUCUACAAGGAAUAUCAGGCAACAUUCGUAGGUGAUGAUGGUGAUGUCGUACAUGAGAAAAUCAUCGUGACAGAUACAGAAGAAGUUUUAAGCAAUGAUGUAGCCAUCGGUAUUGCUGAUUUCUCAAGGGGCCUGUUCACAGUCAAAUUUAUAAAGCCAGAGUUACCUGUAGACGAAUGUUAUGUGGCAAAUAUGAACUUCAGCGAUUUUCAAACACCAGAGGAAUUCAUGCGCACACACACCAGCAGUCAGAUCAUGUUUAAGACCAAACACAAUGCAGCAAGAACGUAUGACGUCACAAACAUAUGGCUAAAUAAUAAUGCUCUUGGGCAAAGAUCUGCUGAGCUUUGCAAAGGAAAAACUGUAUAUUUCCUUCAGGAGAGGAAAGGUAGUGUUUAUAUUUGUAAAUAUUUUUUUUUAUUUCGAAUAAACAUUAUAUCAAAAUAAGCAUUUCAUUUCCAU